AAUGAAAUAAACAUAACUUCACUAUAGAGUUAACGGUGAACGAGGUGUUGGGCCAAAGUAUUAACAUGAUAGCAGCCGGUUAUGAGUCAACGGGCACACAGUUGUGUUUCAUUACUCGACUACUGGCCCUUAAUCCUAACCAUCAGAAUAGACUCGUCGACGAGAUUAAGACCACAUUUGAUGACAACUCAGACAUAGAUUACGACCGACUCAUGAAAAUGCCGUUUUUGGACGCAUUUGUCAAAGAGGUCAUGAGAAUCAACUGCUCAUUGAAUAGAAUCGACAGAAUCGUCACAAAUGACACAUAUUUGGGGGGAAUAUUCCUACCGAAAGGCACUGUUAUUAUUAUCCCUAUUUGGGCCCUACAUGUAGACCCGGAUCACUUUCCCGACCCAAUGGAGUUUAAGCCGGAUAGGUUUAUGCCGAACAAUGAGCACCUGAUUAAGGACUACACAUACCUGCCCUUUGCUACCGGCCCUCGCAAUUGCAUUGGUAUGCGGUUCGCCUUAAUGGAGAUGAAGUACUCAUUAGUGAGACUUUUGCGUAAAUAUGAGUUCCUGGCGUGCGAUGAGACUCAGAACCUGGAUUACUUUGCUCCACUGAUACAAGUAGCAAGCAUGAAACAAAUGAAAGUUCGGGUUAAACACCGUUAAACACUGUUAAACACCAGAAAUAAUGAAAAUAACUGUACUAGUA